AUGAUGAUAACUAUGAUGACGAUGGUGGUGUUGAAUGAAACCAAGGGAAGGCUGAGUAGGAAAAAAAUUAACUCUUGCUUGUCAUCGGGUAGCAUCGGUUUCCAACCAGCCAGUAAACAAUUCCUAGUGAACAGUUCCGUGUGCAGUGCACCACACACAUGGCAGACCUAUUCCUGUGUAGAGGGAGUGGUCAGUGCAGUGGAAGUCUGGAAUGGGUGGCGUGAGGAUGGCGUAACACUCAAUAUGAGUACAGGAAGAAGUACAAGCGUCAUUUUCUCAUCACAGAAUGCAGGGGAGUCAUUGCCAAGCAAGAGCUUCCUAAUGACCCUUUGGGCAAUGCAGCUUGAACAGAAACUUCAUGGGUGUAUAAUAAGGAAUACCGAUAUUUUGGACAAGUUGCGUAAUGCGACAACUAUAACUACUCCUAGUGAACCGAUACCGAUUUUCAAAUUAGACAAUGAUAUAAUUUUUCACAGAAAACUCUUGCAAACUUUUGGUAAACACCAAGUCAUGUCGACUACAGUUGCAGGUCAGAUAAUCUACAGUCCUUCUCCGACACUCCGAGAAAGAACUGUAGAAACGGGUGAUAAAUAA